AUGGAACUAGGUCAUUGGAUACCUCGGAGGUGUCCCUGUGGAGCUCUCACUGUCAUUCUAACAUCGAAGACAAAAGAUAACCCGGCCGACGAAGCCCAUUGGGAGGAAUUAGAAGCAUUGUCUACCAGACAAUCGUGUAUGGAGGACGACCUGGUUGAAAUCAAGGAACAACUAGAGGACAUGAAGAAGGACAUAACAGAGAUUGUUGAGGUCGUCGCAGCUUUGUCGAAGAAGUCUCGGAAAUGA